AUGGCCUCUCCUGGGAAUGGACUCUCAUGUGUGAUGCAAGAUAUGACUGGUGAAGGAAGCUUCUCCCACACUCCGAACAAUGAAAAGAUUUAUCUCUUGUAUGAACCUUCUGGUGACAACAUGGAGGAUCAUUUCAUUGUGUCCCAAGACUGUGACCAAGAAUGCUUCACACGGGAGAGAAGCCAUUUGCCUGCUCAGUGUGCGGACGAUGCUUCCAAGGGAAAACUAACCGCGAUCGCCUUGAACAGACUCACUCCAGCGAGCGGCCUUUUACUUGCUCUCAAGUGCGGGAAGACCUUCGAGACAAAGUGUCGACACUACUUGUCCCACAGCGGUGAGACUCCCUUCACAUGUCCAGAGUGCGGGAAGAAGUAUAAGCAGAAGUCGCAGCUCCUCGGCCACCAAAAAGUCCACACUGGGGAGAAACCGUUUUCAUGCCAGGAGUGCGAGGAGCGCUUUAUAUGGCGUCGAGGCUCCUUGAACACAACUGUGGAAAGUGUUUUCCGAGCAGAAAAAAGUUGGCUCUGCACCAGAAGCUUCACACUGGAGAUGGACUGCGGCAAAUGGUUCACAGGCCAGUCACAGCUUCGAACUCACCGUGGCGUGCACACCGGAGAGAAGCCGUUUGCGUGUGCCGAGUGCGUGAAGGCCUUCAAACAGUUGCCACCGCUCCAGAGGCUUCACACGGUAGAGCGGCCUUUCGAGUGCAAGGAGUGCAGGAAGCGGUUCAUCACCAAGGCUGAGCUCAGUCACCAGAAUGUCCAUUCGGGACUGAAGCCAUUUUCAUGUGAGGAGUGCGGGGAAUGUUUCACCCUAAAAGGGCAGCUCAAUGCUCACGUACGCAGUUUUCAUGUGGACCUAAAGCCAUUCCCUUGUCUCGAGUGUGGGAAGUGUUUCAUCCACCAGUCGCACCUUGCCACCCACCAGAGGGUUCAUACAAGAGAGAAAUCUGUUCCUUGUUCGGAGUGUGGGAGAAGCUUCCUUCACCAGUCAUAUCUUGCAUCACACAUGAGAGUCCAUUCCCAGGAGAGGCCAUUUUCAUGCGCUGGGUGUGGGAAGAGCUUCACGCUAAAAGUGUAUCUUAAGAAACACCAGAAAAUGCACACCACAGAGUCCAACGAUCAGAAAAUGCACACCAGCAACCCGGAUGUGCAUGUUGCAGAUGCCGACGAUCAGAAAACGCAUGCUCCAGAGUCCAGUUUUUAG